CGGUUAUAUAUAUUUAGUUCAAAUCAAAUUUAUCACUCUGUGAGACUAAUGGUGUUGAGAUCUAAGUUGCUACUAAUAUGGCAGAGAGAAAUUAUGCCGCUGUUCUAUAUGGACCCAAGGAUUUGAGGGUGGUUGAAUGGCCCAUUCCCGAGAUAGGCGAUAAGGAUGUCCUAAUAAAGAUGGAGUGUGUGGGCAUCUGCGGCUCAGACGUGAAGCUGUACCAGGCCGGCCGCUGCGGCCUCGAGACGCUGGUGGACCCGAUAGUCAUAGGACACGAGGGCGCCGGUUAUGUUGCCAAGGUGGGUUCAAAAGUGGAUGCCUUAAAGGUAGGAGAUCGUGUAGCCAUCGAGCCCACACAGCCGUGCCGCGCGUGUGAGAUGUGCAAACAAGGGCGAUACAACGUGUGCGACGAGCCUGGCUACUGCGCGACCAGCGGGGGUGAUGGCAAUCUCACUACUUACUACAAGCAUGUGGCAGACUUCUGUCACAGGAUCCCCGAAAACUUGUCAAUGGAGGAAGGAGCAGCUGUGCAGCCGGUAGCCAUAGCGAUACACGCAUGCAACCGCGCGGGAAUCAAACUCGGGACUGAUCUAGUGAUAUUCGGCGCCGGGCCUAUAGGGGUGCUGUGCGCACAGGCUGCUCGGGCCAUGGGAGCCACUAAGAUCCUUAUCACAGACGUAGUACAAUCCCGCCUGGACGCAGCCAAGACAAUGGGCGUUGACCUGACGUUACUGACAGAAGGGCAGACGGACAAACAAACAGCGGACACCAUCGUGCGCCUGAUGGGUUGCCGGCCUCACGUCACUAUAGACGCUUGUGGUUUCGCGAGUGCUCAGAGAGUCGCUAUGAUGGUAACGCGCACGGGCGGCGUGGUGACCAUAGUGGGGAUUGGCGGGGAAACGACUGAGCUGCCUCUCAGCGGCGCUGUGCUCCGCGAAGUUGAUAUCCGAGGAUCAUACCGGAUUGCUAACACGUACCCCGCGGCCCUCGCAGCCGUGUCGAAGGGCGUCAUCGACCUGGCUCCCUUCAUAACGCAUCACUUCCCGCUCGAGCGGGCGCGGGAAGCCAUCGAUUACGCCAGCACUGGGCAAGCUAUGAAGAUCAUUAUACAUGUACAGAAGUGAAUAAAAAUAUAUACAAUCUGGUUCUCUACAGUACCACUCAUUCGGAGCUCUGACGCCGCGAAGCUAAUGAAAAAUAAAUCUUUUUUAUGAUUACUGAACUGCA